AUCGUAAAAAUUUCCUUCUCAUAACAAUUUUCAUGACAGUUUAUAAAAUUGAUCUGAAGAAACGUGAAAGUAUUCAUAUUUACUUACAUUUCAUUUGAAAUCAAAGUAUCUACUGUAGGUAAUAGUUUGAAUAGUGUAAAAUGUCGGAUCGACUUAAGAAUACGAACACAAUCUCUAACGAGGAAGUUAUUGAUGAUUUAACAAAAGAUUUGGAAUUCCUAAAUGCUGAAGAGAGUACAGCAAAUAAUGUAAUCAAUCCAGAAAGUACUAUCGAGGAUUUUAUGAAUUCCGGCGGAGAUGCCCAGACAACAGACAUUCCAUAUACUGAAGAAUAUGAUAAAGAUGAUAAAACCAGUGAUUAUAGAGCGGAAAGUGACAAAGAUGAAAGCGACACAGAUUCUAUAGACGAGGAAUCUCUGAAAGAUGCGGAAUUGGAUCUCACCGAUGACCAAAGAGAGGAACGAAGAGUUAAAGCGGAGAGUUUAAAGAAUGAAGGAAAUGAAGCGUUUAAAAUUGGUGAAUAUGAGAAAAGCGUUGAAAAGUAUACUGAAGGUUUAAGAAUCUGUCCCCUACAGUUUGAACAACAACGGUCCAUUUUGUACUGCAAUCGAAGUGCUGCGAAAAUGAAAUUAGAGAAAUACAAGCGGGCGAUCAAAGACUGUACUAAGGCUAUUGAAUUGGACGAAAAAUAUUUAAAAGCAUAUAAUAGGAGGGCACAAUCAUAUGAAGCUACGGAGAAGUUUGAUGAAUGUUUAGUGGACUACAAGAAGAUUCUAGAAAUAGAUCCAGGACAUAAAGAGGCUCAGGCAGCAGUCAUCCGUCUACCACCUCUCAUAGAAGAGAAGAAUGAGAAAUUAAAGAAGGAAAUGCUCGGGAAAUUAAAAGAUUUGGGCAAUAUGAUACUAAAACCGUUUGGAUUGUCUACCGAUAAUUUCCAAAUGGAACAAGAUCCUGAAUCGAAAGGAUAUAAAAUUAAUUUUAAACAAUAAAUAUAAAGCUGUCCCGUUGUUUUUA